AUGGUUUACGUUUCUGAAACAGUCAAGCUCAACAACGGCCUUGAAAUGCCCCUAGUGGGACUGGGGUGCUGGAAGAUUCCUAACGAAGUUUGCGCUUCCCAAGUCUACGAAGCUAUCAAGCUGGGAUACAGGCUUUUCGACGGGGCUCAAGACUACGGCAACGAGAAAGAAGUUGGCCAAGGCAUCCGCAAGGCCAUUGACGAAGGGAUCGUUAAAAGAGAAGAUCUGUUCGUGGUUUCAAAACUGUGGAACUCCUACCACGACCCUAAAAAUGUGAAGAAGGCCUUGAAGAGAACCCUACAAGAUCUCGGCCUCGAGUACCUAGACUUGUUCUACAUCCACUUUCCAUUGGCGUUCAAGUUCGUGCCUUUCGAGGAAAGAUAUCCUCCAGGCUUCUACACCGGCGCCGAGGACGAAAAGAAGGGUGUGAUUAGCCUAGAAAAGGUCACAGUCCUCGACACCUACCGCGCUUUGGAGCAGUGCGUCGAUGAAGGUCUCAUCAAGGCCAUUGGGGUAUCGAACUUCCGCGGAAUCCUUCUUCACGACCUAUUGGCCGGGGCUAAGAUUCCUCCAGCCUGCUUGCAAAUCGAGCACCACCCUUACCUUACGCAAGAGAAGCUAGUGGAGUACUGCAAACAGCAGGGGAUUCAGGUGGUCGCAUACUCUUCUUUCGGCCCACAGUCCUUCUUGGAGAUGGACUCGCAACUUGCCAAGAGCACUCCUACUCUGUUUGAACAUGAUGUUGUGAAAAAGGUGGCCAACAACCACGGAGUGUCUACUUCAGAGGUUUUGUUGAGAUGGGCGACCCAAAGACGCGUUGCCAUCAUUCCAAAAUCUUCGAAGAAGGAGAGAUUGUUGAACAAUCUGCAAAUAAACGAGAAGUUAACACUCUCGGAUGAAGAGCUACAGGAGAUUUCCUCUUUGAACAAGGAUAUCCGCUUCAAUGACCCUUUCAACUGGCUUGACAUGAAGUUCCCAGUCUUCGCUUGA